UUAGUUUGUGUGGUCGCGAAAACAUGGAAGUGUGUUAAAAAUACGAGGAAUAUUGGAAAUAUGCCAUUCCCUUCAGUUCCCUUGAGAGGUGUUCAUUGCCCUCUUCAAAGUGGAGUUCCUAAAUUAAGUUGCGUGUCUUACGUGAUUUUGGUGCACUAGUGAAAGAAUUUCAAGGAUGGUUGCGCUCUAAUUAUGAAAUCUGGGAAAUAGUGAAUAAUAACGUUGGAAUUGAUAAUUUAGAUUUCGUGUACAGUUCGUGAACAAUUUGAAGUUUUCACCAUGAACCAUCACAACAUAGAUCAAUUACUUCUCACAUCAACGACCUCCCCAGAUGCAUCAAACUUAAACGAUUCAGGACCUUCGUCCCUGAACUCUGUCUCGUGCUUGGAGCAAUCGGUAUCUCCUAUCUUCGAUAUCGCAACUAAUUCCGAAUAUGGAAAUGGUUACUACGGCUUUCGGACGCGUCAUCUAUCAUGCAUAGAAGAGAAUGAGUCAGACUCGUUCAAUUCCUUAGCAUCGGAUUUUAUUGAAGAGCCAACUGAUCAAUUUAGCACCAAUGAAGCGGAAAAACCUCAGUGGGGGAGCGAAGACUUCAACUAUGUGGAAUCUAUGAACGACUCGUGUAACUCAGGAUUAUAUCAAAGCUUCAAAAACAACGUCGACAACCAGAACCCACUUGGGCUAGAAUACGCUACUGCAGUCUUGGAAGUGAAGAGCGGCAGCUGUUCGCCAUACAGAGAAUUUGCAAACGGACUAAUGUGCAAAUAUCCAGAUGUUAUGACGAACUCCUGCUACGGCGCAUUGAAUCAAUCUUUUAAAUCAGAUGCAACUAGGCUACCGAAAGCUGAACCGAUAUAUGCAGUGAUCGACAAAGAAAUUCAACAAAAAAACCAAAUGAAAAAAAUUAUGGAAUCCAGUUGUUCUAGUACACAAGCAAAUGGGACAGCCGGCAAUUCGGAUGAGCUUCGCACAUCAAUACGAGAGGAUACCGGUAGGAGCGUUUAUGCAGAUUGCACUGAAAUCGAUAUCUCGCAACAUUAUGAAAUUCCUCAAGCAGUAACAAGCACAUGUCCAAGCUGUCACCUGCAAUUCGAUAAGGACAAAAGGAGAAAACUGAUAGAUUCAUGUGGCCACGAACGAUGUUACUCUUGCAUGUUUGAGAGUGGAAAAUGUCCUUUUUGCAUAACAAACGGUCAUAGUACAAUUGAGCCAAUAAUUAAUCCUCCAGAUAGUAAAGCAGACAUGUUUCGAUCGCAUGAAUCCUCUCGACUCUAUGAAUCUGUUAGAUAUUCUUCACCAGAGCAACAGAAAAACGAAUUCACUAAAAUCGGAACUGAAGCAAGCCUUCAAGCAAUGCCGAUCGCGGACAACGAACAACCAACUGAUCCUAAUUCUUCUCCAAAAAGGACGUCACAACAUAGCACACCAUCCACAACUCCCCGGAAGAAGAACUUUACAGCAAAAGGUCUUCGAAGAACUUUCGGCGGUCACCGUAGAACAUCCUCACAAGGCUCUGUCGAAGUGCCUACAUCGUUAAGUGAUUGCUCUGUGAUGGAUUCAUCAUUCCAUUCUGACUCUGUUAUUACUAAACCAAAUAAACAUGCGGCCCAUCAUUAUAAUACUGGUAAAUCGAAUGGGAUUCACUUUUCCAGGGCAGCGUACGCUGGCCAUUUAUCGUCCUUUGUGUUCGGUAAAAUAAAGUCGUUGUGGAACGCACAGUCGAACAACGCUGGAUUGAACCAAUUGGCAGAUGUUAAAGUCGAAACUAAGGAUGAGAAUCUUCUAUCCAAAUCUGAAACUACAAAGGCUACCCCUAACGUGGAAAAUUCGAAAAAUACAUCAAACUGCGAUAAGACUUCGAAGAAGCCAAAUCAGAAAAUUUCCCAACGAUUUUCGACGAAUCUACGAACCAUCAAAGAUUGGUCAGCGCGGAAAAUUCCCAAACCAUUACUCCAAGAUUCAACUAAUGAAAAAGAAGACUCCAUUCAAGAAUCAACGUACAAUUCCAUGAAAAGUGCUCUUCAAUAUCUUGCACUUAAACCACUGUUUUUCGAAGUUCCACUGCAAGAGCCGGACCCUCCGUUUGUUGGAAGGCAAUGGAUCAUUAGAGACAUGUCGAACAUUUUAACUACAGAUAUGCCAGGUGUACUCAUUACUGGGAAGUCUGGAAGUGGAAAAACAUCACUAAUAUUACAGCUCGUGGACUAUUCUUGUUUCGGACGGAAAAAAGGAUCACAACAAGCUGAGAGUGGAGGAAUAUAUUGUCAAAUUAAUGUUAGUCACGACCGGAUCAAAUCCUUGGCGUCACAGGUCGUGGCCUACCACUUUUGUCAAAUGGAAAACAGAAGCACGUGCUUGGUGCCAGAUUUCGUUCAUUCUCUCGCCGCCCAACUUUGCCAGGCGCCUCAACUCGUAGCAUAUCGAGAAUAUUUGUUGAACGAGGCUGAUUUACAAAAUAUUUUAAGCAUUAGUGAGUGUGUAGCCAAUCCAGAGCAAGUAAUGCUAAAAGGUAUAUUAGAACCCUUGGCCUUUCUGAAAACAUCAGGAAAAAUUAACGUUAAACAAUGUUUGCUGCUUAUUGAUGCUCUGUGCGAAGCCGAAUCUCACCAGCCUGACUAUGGGUUUACAAUUUCUUCGUUCCUUAUUAAAAUGGUGAGCCAUUUUCCCCCGUGGUUUAAGGUUGUAGCAACAAUUCGAAGUCAGGUACUAGACGCAGUCAAGGGGCUUCCAUACAUGAGACUAUCAUUGGACAACUGGGAAUCUAAUGAGAACGUGCAGAAAGACAUUAACGAGUACAUAUUGCAACGUAUAAAGCAUAGUUUGGGUGCAGAUAAUGGUUUGCCACUAGGCCAGGAUACGUUUUCCAAUGAAGCAUUCUUCGAACAACUAACUUACACAGCAAAAGGGUCCUUCCUGCACGCAAAAUUAACGUUGGACCUAGUAGAAAAAGGCCAGCUUAUUAUAAGAUCACCCAAUUUGAAGGCUUUACCUACAUCUUUGUCUCAGCUAUUCUUAUUAAACUUCAAUUCUCGCUUUCCGACUAACUCCAGCUACGAAAAAGUAUCACCGAUUUUAAGUGUCUGCUUGGCUGCCUUGUCUCCUUUAACUCUGAGUGAGAUCUAUUACUCUAUAGUUGCACUAAAUGUACAUGAUCCUCUUGAUUGGAAUGAGUUUAUGCAACGAUUUAGGCUUCUUGAAGACCUUUUAGUCAAAAGAAUAGAUAAUACCUAUAUGUUUUUUCAUCCUUCAUUCAGAGAAUGGCUAAAAUGUCGCGCAAAUGAGGAACCAACUAAAUUUUUAGUUGAUUUUCGGAAGGGCCAUUAUGCAAUUGCUUUCCGUUUGUCACGACUUCAAGCCCCUCUUGAUACCGAACAGACACUAGAGCUAGCGUACCAUAUAAUAAAAGCCCGCGUGUAUCGUUGCCUGCAACCGGCCCAGCAUACCUUGCGCGAUAUUCAAGCAUACUGGGUGGCUUCUGUUUCGAACUCCGUAUCAAAUGCGUUUUCGGCCCUGCGAAAUGUUUAUAAUCCUGAUAUCAAGGUUUGUAAAUUGUUACUUCUCGCUGGUGCAAAUCCAAAUAUACCUACAGAUUUUUUGAAAAGAUCGCCUAUUUUAUGCAUAGCCGCUUAUGAAGGCAUGACUUCUCUGGUAAGCGUGCUGUUGGAGUUUGGAGCUGAUGUAGAGAAGCAAAACACCGAGGGGCAUACCCCUCUUAUUCUUGCUUCUAUGCGAGGGCAUACCGAUAUCGCACGGUUAUUAGUCGCAGGUAAUAGUUCUCUGGGCAAAUGCGACAAUAACAAACAAUGCGCCCUGGUACACGCAGCCAAAUGUGGCCAAAGUAAUGUUCUGCAUUAUCUGCUUAAAUGUGAUUGGAAAUCAGAAACAACCAAAAAAGGACAUUCGACUUUCCAAGAAGCUGUAACGCAAUCUCUUCUAGAAGUAGCAACCCAGAAGUCUUUGGAUAUCAUAGAAGAGUUACUUGAUGCUUCAGAAAUCUGCAUAGAUGCAUGUGAUCCUUUGACUGGCGACACUGCUUUGAUGAAAGCUGCAAAGCUAGGCCACUCAGAAACAGUUUCACUGCUCCUGUUCAAAGGGGCUGAAAUUGACAAAAGAAAUAAGGAAUACCAAUCCGCAAUUAUAUUGGCUGCCCGGGCAGGUCAUAGCAAUGUUGUUGAAAUUUUACUAGAACGACAGUCAAACGUCAAUCAAUUCGAAGUCGAUACUAGAAAAACACCUUUAAUCAUAGCAGCAGAGGAGGGUCAUCUCAAUGUUGUAAAAAAUCUUAUUGAAAAUGGCGCACAAGUAGAACACAAAGAUAUUAAUGGAUUGACUGCUUUAUCGUGGGCAUGCCUUCAAGGGCGUUAUCAUGUGGCAAAAUAUCUUUUGGAAAAAGGAGCCCAAGUCGAAACAAACGACGAUUUCAAAAGGACCCCACUGGAUUUUGCUUCCUAUCAAGGUUCGUUACGUCUCAUUCAAUUACUUCUGAAUAAUGGAGCAGUAGUAGAACGGAUGGAUAAAAAUGGAGUAUCUCCGCUGGAUCGUGCUGUUGCUUGUCGGAAUAUUCCAGUCUUACAAAUUUUCCUGAAGUCAGGGGCACUUUUAAGGCCCACAACAUGGACACUUGCCGAAGAAGCGCCAGAAAUGUUCCUUCUUUUCUUGAAUAACGUUGUAAGGGAUGGAAAUUCACUGUUAAAAAGACAUCUUCUUCCUGAAGCCUCGCAAAAAUUUCGAUUAGCUCUAAACAAAAUAUCAACCAUAGAACAUAGCAGUACUUCAAAUCCGGAAGUAAUCACACAAUUAUUAUAUAAUUUACUCCUUAGUUUGGCCAGAUGUCAACGAAAAAUGAAUGACGUGCAGGAUGCAAUUAAACUAGCCACUCGGGCAAUUGGGCUUAUUCCAGUGAAGUACGAAGGUUAUUAUGUUCGGGCGAGAAUUUACUUUGUCCUUGGUGAUUACGAGGCUGCCUUUAAGGAUAUCAACGCUGCACUCGAGAAAGCAGAAAAUGUUUCUCUCUAUAUAAAAGACAUACUCGAAAGAACUAAAUCAGAUAUCGAAAAUAGAUUGAGAGCCAGACACUCAAUAAUAAAGGAAACCACCGAUUUAUAAGAGAUGUAAAAUUUGAGUUAGCGCUAA